ACAACACGCGUGCCAUCCAUCCACUAUCACUAGAAUCGCAGAGGCAUGGCGCUUGCAUAGUACCAUCACUAUUGUGAAAUUGCUGUUCGACGCUCGCAAACAGGAGAUAGUCUUCUCGUCAUGGCCUCCACGCAGGUGAAUGGCCACAGGUCCAUGAUCGCGGAGCAUCAUGUACAAGCUGCUUUCUACGACCAGUGGCUGCAACUGAAGGACAAUGUUCUUGCAGACAGACAUCCGCGAUUCAAGCUGCCAGCUGCCGUUAAACAGCGGCUUCAACCCGCCGCCGAACCGCCAACUACGUCCAGCCAGUCCUUGGCCUCUCAGCUACCUGGUCUGUCAAACGGAUCAAGUAGAGAACAGGCAAUGUCUGGCUCUUCUUACGGCGCUGCUGCUCGUCUGGGGAAUGCGCAAGCUUUCUCGCAGAACACGUCUACGGCGACAGGGACAAAUGCCACCAAGAGCGGUAUCGACCCAAUCCUGUUGACAAAAUCGGAAGACUUGAUAAGAGCAGAGAUGCAGUUGAAAAGACAACGUAUCGAGCGACAGCUCAAGGAUGCGGCGGAUCAGCGCAAACACAACGCUCAUUUCAGAAAUACUGAGGAGGCACCACCUCUCGUCAACCUGAGCGAGACUUUUUCAAAAGCCCUCGAAAUGGUCAAGCCCAUAUCAGGUCUCAAACCUGCCGCUAACCCCCAGACUGCAGCGAGUGAUUCGUUCGACGAGAAUUCAUAUUACUCUAGCCAGGCAAACGACUGGUCGUCAGAAGAGGGCUCUCCCAAGGAGAAGGUGGAAGCGAUACAUACGGCAAGUAGCGCGUCUAUUCCCAAGAAGCAUCCUGUCGAGUUUGAGUCUCUUGACAAGCAGCCUCAUCCUUCUUCACAGGCCUUUGCUCAGCAUGAGAACGAAGCCCUAUACGACGCGGAACGAGAAGACUCGGAGGAAUAUUCACCUCCAGAUGCCAAUGCCUUCAGCGGACCCGACGGUGAUGCAGAUGCUAUGGAUCUAGAUGAUGACAGCAGUGAGUUCGUGCCUCAAGACGCUUACGUCCCAUCGCCUCAAGCUCCUGUCAUCACAAGCCACCUCACACAAGUCGCUGCCCCUCAGCCUGCCCGAGUCUCGCCCCUUACCAUGGUCAAGCCACCUGGACUUGGUCAAUCUCAGACGAGUUAUCCUUCAGCAUCAAACAACCAACACCCUGCUUCACCCCAUGCCUAUCAAUCAUCCAGCGCCUAUCGUCAGCAAUUCGAGUCCGACGACUCGACGACUUCUCCUCGCAAUUCCACACAAACCAGUCCAAAUGGCGCUUACAAGAAGCCGAGAGGAAAGGGCAACAAAAAGAGGAAGCGAGAUGCAGAGGCUCAUUCUACCAAGGCCCGUAAAACACGCAACAAGCCGGCCGCCCCAUCUCCCGAACCGUACAUCAAACCCGAGCCAGUAUCACCUCCACCGUUUGCUGCACCUCCUGCUUUGCAAUCUGUGCGCACUCGUCCCUACCAACUGCCAUCAGAUGUCGAGAUAGUCUCAGGCCCAAGGCAAACCUACUAUCAGGAGCCACCACCACCUUCGCACUACGGCUUGGAUGGCGUUUCUUCUCCCAGUGUCAUAAGAGUAUCUUCGCCGGGUGUCUAUGGCAGACCCAGAAGAGAUGAUCAAGACUUACGCCGCGUGGCAAGCCUGCAUGCUGCGCACCGUCCAGUUUCUCCUAUGGGCAGGAUAGCCUCCCCUGCUGGCUACCGUACUGUAUCGCAGCCUUUUCCCGAAAGGACAUCGAGAUAUGGCGACGAAGUCAUGAGAGCACCACAAAUGCAGUACCUUCGAUCUGAGAGAUCGGUGACUCCUCCACACCUCAGGGCCGCGCGGGAGGCUCCCAUGUCCACUAUGGCACCUCCUCCACUGCCACCGACUAGAAGGAUUGUCGUGGACCAAUACGGCAAUAGAUACUACGCGAACGAGCCUGAGGUAUCCUCCAGAUUGUCAGUCGCGCCGCAAUUGCGACCGGAGCCUGAGAUGAUGUACGAACGUGCACCGAGCAGACAGUCUGUCAUUUACGCAAGCCAGCCGACCCACAGUGUAUACGAGGAUGAACAUGGUACGAGAAUGCCACCGCCACCACCUCCGCCGGUACGUAGAAUGGUCGAGCAGCCGGAGGCUAUGCCUACCGAUUACCGUGCCUACAGACAGCGAGAAUAUUCCCGUGCUCCAGAGCCGCAGUACUAUCGAGACGAGGCAGCCGGGCCUGUGUACAUUAGGGAGGCGCCAGGGGGUAGAGCUUCAGUGUACCCACCCGAAGCGGCACCAGGACCAUAUGCUCCCAGAGCGUAUAGUGUGCGUCCCGACAUGGAGCCUGUUCGCUACAUGUCAAGACAACCGAGCAUGGCACCACAGAGCGAGUUUGUCCGGAUGGGAGAGGCAGGAGGUCGUGCGGCGACGAUGGCACCUCCUCCUGCACCCAUGAGAGGCGUCAGUGUUGUGCCAGGAUCUGAAUAUGGGCGUCCGGUGGACAUGAGAUAUAGUUACGGAGCGGGUCAAGCUGCAGGAUCAUAUGCAGGACCUGGAGCGCGUUACGGCGAGGAAGGAUCGGCAGCGCCCAGGGAGAUAUAUGUAGAUCAGUACGGAAGAGAGGUUAGAAGAGUAGGCUACUGAGCAAGAGGGAAGAGC